AUGAAGGUCAAGACCAUUUCCCGUAUUGAGAAAGCCUUUACACAAGAAGUACAAUCUGACAAGCUCAAGGUUUUUCGCAAUUAUGAUCCAGUCCUGCAUCCAUUCGAACGUCCACGAGAGUACACACGAGCUCUGAAUGCCGUGAAAUUGGAGCGACUAUUUGCAAAACCAUUCAUUGGGGCUCUGGACGGCCACUGUGACGGUGUGACAGCACUGGCAACGAAUCCCAAGAGUCUUGUGGCAUUCGUGAGUGGUGCUGCAGAUGGUGAAGUACGUGUGUGGGACUUGCCUCGACGUAAAUGCGUCUGGAACGUCUAUGGUCAUCGUGGCUUUGUUUGUGGUCUGGCUGUGACCCCAGAUGGCAGCACUUUCUACUCGUGCAGUGAGGACAAAACAGUGAAGCAGUGGGCCCUGCGUAUAAAGGAGGAAGAUGAGGAUGCGCCGACUGCAUUGGCCACUUUUACUUCCAAAGAGCCAUUCCUUGGUAUUGACCACCAUUGGUCUCAGAAUAUGUUUGCAACGUGCAGCUCCAAGGUACAGGUGUGGGACCCAUCCCGUUCAACGCCUACACACGAGUUUGCGUGGGGUGCGGACUCGAUUAACUCGGUGCAUUAUAACCCGGCAGAAGCGUCGUUGCUGGCUUCUACAGGAUCUGAUCGCAAUAUCACUUUGUACGACAUUCGAAUGGCGUCCUCUAUGCGUAAGAUCAUUAUGGAAAUGCGGUCCAACGCGCUGGCAUGGAACCCCAUGGAACCCAUGAACUUUACAGUCGCCAACGAGGAUCACAAUUUGUACACCUUUGAUAUGCGCAAGAUGAACCGCGCAAUGAUGGCGCAUAAGGACCACGUAUCGGCAGUUAUGGACGUGGCGUACUCUCCGACGGGUCGGGAGUUUGUGGCAGGCUCAUAUGACCGGACCGUCCGCAUUUUUAACGUGCGCUCAGCGAAGAGCCGCGAGGUUUACCACACCCAGCGGAUGCAACGCAUUUUUUCCGUCAAGUUCAGUGCCGACUCCAACUUUAUUCUAUCCGGAAGUGACGACACUAACAUUCGUAUUUGGAAAGCAGAAGCCUCGAAGAAGCUAUCAAAGGUUGCUCCCCGUGAACGUCGCAAGAUGGAGUACAAUGAGUCACUUAAGGAGCGCUAUCAACACCUUCGUGAAAUUAGUCGUAUCUCAAGGCAUCGUCACGUCCCUAAAGCUAUCAAAAAGGCCGCACAGGCCAAGCGCGAGACAGGUGCGCGCGAGAAACAGAAGAUGGCAAACCGCCGCGCCCAUGCCAAAGAGGGAGCCGUACCUCACACCAACAUUCGAGAAAAGGUUGUCGUCAAAGAAAUGGAGUAG